ACAGAUGUUGUGGUAGUACUCUAAUGGAUUGUCAGCUGCUUGGAGAAGUAUGUCAAAAAACAAUUCUGCACUGGAAUUACAGAGACUUUGACAAAUUUCCUGAUGAACUACACUAUGCAGAAUGUUUAACAGAUCUGUAUUUAAAAGAGAAUCAUAUCACUACAUUGCCCACUUGGAUAGGUUCACUGAAGCAGCUAACUGGUUUAUACCUGUUUCAAAAUAAGCUGAACUUUCUACCACAUGAAAUAGGUGAUUUGUGCAGUUUGACUGUUCUUGAUGUUGCACACAACUUCCUGUCUGUGUUGCCAGAAAGUCUUUGCAAAUUAAGUAACCUUCAAGAAUUGUCUCUCUCCAGGAAUAGACUUGCAUAUUUGCCUAAAGAGAAGUCUUGGAAACUUUCUCAACUGACAAGACUCCCUGCCAACCAAAAUCAAUGGAGAGUAUUUUUAAAGCUUGUUUUGCAGUACCAAAGAUGUUUGAGAAUAAUGAUGACAAUGGGCAAAGAAAAAGGUUUAGGUCAACUCACCUCUCUUCGCUGCCUUCUUGUUGAUGGAAACCAUUUAUCAUAUUUGCCCAAUAGUAUUGGGCAACUGUCACAACUACAGUGCUUAAAUGUGUCCAGUAAUUUUCUGAAGUGGCUUCCAAUGGUAACACUUCCUGCUGGAUGUGAACUGGAUGUUAGCAAUAAUACGACUCUCACAUUUUUGCCUGCAGAGAUGCUACCUCUUCUCCCAAGGAUAAAAUUGGAUGGGUGCUGCCAGGAAUGGCGCUAUGUGCUGACAGGACCAAGACUCCUAAUACUGCAGCAAAACAGCAGAUUUGCAAGUAUGAGCUUGCCACUGCCCGCUCCAAUGCUGGGCUGCUGUCGAUGCCAGUGUUCCCAUCCACAGGCUCCACCACUCCAGGAACUUUGCCUUAGGAAGCUACACAGUGUGUUCACAGAUGUGGAGGGUUCCAGACUCACAGAGCCUGCAGCCUUAUGUGCCCGCUGUGGUGUUCCUGUUUAUCUAGUCGGAGCAGCAAGAAUCUGGCUGUGCAGUGAUGUUGAGCCUUUGCUGGUGAUGGAGCUUCACUGCAGUGUAUACUGUGCACGCUCAUGCAGUGCAAUAUUAACCCCAGAACUUAAUUUUCAAUGCUGUACUUACACAGGAUAUCCUAAAAAUUGUGACUGCUUUUCAAGAAACACCAUGCAACACUUUUAAAAUUAAUACAGUGGUGAUACAUUUGGUGUUGUGCACAGGAAUUUCACAGAUAAAUAAAGUCAUUUCUCAA